GACGGAGGGAACAGAGGGAGGAGGGGCCUUCGAGGAGGAGGAGGAGGAGGAGGAGGAAGAGGCAGCCUCUGGACAGAGAGAGCCGAGCGAGCAGCUGCCUGGUGGCGUGGACGGGGCCGGCAGCAGGACAGGAGCCCCCCUCUCGCUGGCAAUGCGCGGUGGGCUGUGCCGCCCCCUCCGCUCGGUGGCGAUGCUGCUGCUGCUGCUGCUGAGCCCGUGGGUCAGCCCGGGAGCCUCCGGCGCAGCGAACCCCUGCUGCUCUUUCCCCUGCCAACACAAGGGUGUGUGCGUCCAGGUCGGCACGGAGGGAUACGUCUGCGAUUGCACCCGGACCGGCUACUUUGGGCCCAACUGCACCUUCCCGGAGUUCUGGAUGAGGCUGCGUGAUGCCCUGAAGCCCAGCCCAGCCUUCUAUCACUUCCUCCUGACCCAUUUCCAGUGGUUCUGGAGCAUCGUCAACAACACCUUCGUCCGAGACACCCUGAUGCGCCUGGUGCUGACGGUCCGGGCCAACAUGAUCCCCAGCCCGCCCACCUACAAUUCUGCCUAUGGCUACAUCAGCUGGGAGGCCUACGCCAACGUGAGCUACUUCACCCGGGUCCUCCCGCCGGUGCCCGACGACUGCCCCACGCCCAUGGGGACCAAAGGGCCGGCCGAGCUCCCCGAUGUGCAUCUGGUGGCUGAGCGCUUUCUCCUGCGGAGGACGUUCCGGCCUGACCCGCAGGGCUCAAACCUGAUGUUUGCCUUCUUUGCCCAACACUUCACGCACCAGUUCUUCAAGACCUCGGGCAAAAUGGGCCACGGCUUCACCAGGGCUUUGGGGCACGGGGUGGAUCUCGGGAACGUAUAUGGGGACAAUCUGGAGCGCCAGCACGAACUCCGGCUCUUCCGGGACGGAAAGCUGAAGUUCCAGGUGGUGGACGGGGAGAUGUACCCGCCGACGGUGCUGGAGGCUCCGGUGCACAUGAUCUACCCGAAGCACAUCCCGCCGGAGAAGCAGCUGGCGGUGGGCCAGGAGGUCUUCGGGCUGCUCCCGGGCCUCAUGAUGUACGCCACCCUCUGGCUCCGGGAGCACAACCGCGUCUGCGACGUCCUGAAGGGGGAGCACCCCACCUGGGGGGACGAGCAGCUCUUCCAGACGGCCAGGCUCAUCCUCAUUGGAGAGACCAUCAAGAUUGUCAUCGAGGACUACGUCCAGCACCUCAGCGGCUACUACUUGCAACUCAAGUUCGACCCGGAACUUCUCUUCGGCGUGCAGUUCCAGUACCGGAACCGCAUCGCGGUGGAGUUCAACCAGCUCUAUCACUGGCACCCGCUGAUGCCGGACUCCUUCCUCAUCCAGGACGAAGACUACUCUUACCAGCAGUUCGUCUACAACACCACCCUGCUGACGGACUACGGCGUGGAGGCCCUGGUAGAGGCCUUCUCCAAACAGCGUGCCGGGCAGGUCGGAGGGGGCCAGAAUAUCAACCCAAACCUCCUGAAAGUGGCCAUCGGGGUCAUCGAGGAGUCGCGCCUGCUGCGCCUGCAGCCCUUCAACGAAUACCGGAAGAGGUUUGGCAUGAGGCCCUACACCUCCUUCCGGGAACUCACAGGGGACGAGGAGAAGGCAGCCGAGCUGGAGGAGCUCUACGGGGACAUCGACGCCCUGGAGUUCUACCCCGGCCUGCUGGUGGAGAAGAGCCAGCCCAACGGCAUCUUUGGGGAGAGCAUGGUGGAGAUCGGGGCCCCCUUCUCCCUGAAGGGGCUCUUUGGCAACCCCAUCUGCUCCCCGGAGUACUGGAAGCCCAGCACCUUUGGGGGCGCCACCGGCUUCGAGAUGGUCAACACCGCCACGCUCCAGAAACUGGUCUGCCGUAACGUCAAGCGCUGCCCGUACGUCGCUUUCCGGGUGCCCCGAGACGGAGAGGAAGCAGCGGCCCCGGCAAGCAGCGGCCAGGGGGAGAAGGAGCCCUCUGCGGAGCUCUGACUGCGGGGAGCCGGUUAGGGUUCCUCCUGGACUUGACGGGUGGGUGCCACCCGGCCGGCUUCUCCCCCGUUUGCGGUGGCCGCUCUGGCUGGCAGGCCCACGGAGAGGGCACGGGGAGGCCUCCUUCCCCACCAGCCCCUCCCACCCCGCUCUGGGGCAGAGUCAAUGUCCUGUGGCCCGUCCAUCUGCAGCAGGGGAGACCCCCGGCUUCUCUCCCCAUGGCACUGGGUCAGCUUCACCUCCCGGCUGCAGGAGGAGGAGGAAUUGAAUUGGGCCCGGUUGGCCUGCAGGAUGCCGGGACAGCUUUUGCAGACGCCUCCGAGGGGGGAGCCUCUUCCCCAAAGUUCUGCAGGAGGCCGUUCAACGGGCUUCAGGGCAGAUGCGUCCUGGAAUGAAAAGCUCGGGAAGUCGUGAGUGUGUGUUGGUGGGGGGGAAGAGGACCAUUGCCUUCCGGACUGCCCUGCCUGGCGGGUGUGGGUGGGUGCGUCUCCUUGCUGUGGUGGGGAGGGGGGAGGAGGAAAAGAAGGGUUCGGGCGAAUGGAGGCGGGACGGGCACAUGGCCUUGAGAAUAAAGA